AUGUCGUCCUGUUACAUGGGCUCAAAUGACGCCGAAUACGUCACACGCCGACGCAUGGACGCGACCGACGCCCUCGCGGCGUUCCGCGCCGAGCUCGCGGACGCCGAGGGGCGACGGGAGCGCGAGGAGGCGACGCCGGCGUCGUUCGUCGACGACGACGGCACGGCGUACGCGUGGGACGUCGCGCUCGGACGAUUCGUGGGGGUGCACGAAGAGUCCCUCGAGGGAGGAUUCGUGACUCAAGAGGAUGAUGCGUCACACAUGACAUUCGUCGACGACGACGACGACGCGCGCGCGCGCCUGGACGCGCUCGCGGCGUUCGAAGAGAUUAACGCUCGACGCGUGGCGAUCGAGAGUGAAGACGGAGGGACGAAGGCGGCGAAGGAGGCGCGAAAGCGGGAGUCGGCGCUCGCGCGCGCGGCGGCGAAGGCGAAGCGGGCGCGGGAGGAGAGAGAAAAGGAAAAUGCUGGGGCGUUCGAGCGAGGACGAGCGAAGUCUUCGGCGGUGUACGUCACCGGUUUGCCGAGUGAUUGCACCGAGACGGAGUUGUUUGAGACGUUUAAGAAGUGCGGCGUGGUGAAGUUGGACUCGCGCACGGCGAAACCGCGGGUGAAGCUGUACUCCGGGGAGGACGGGAAGCUCAAGGGCGAUGGGUUGGUGGUGUUCUUGAAGGCACCGAGCGUAGAUUUAGCGAUAUCGUUGUUGGACCAGGCGGAGUUGCGUCCUGGAGACGCUUCGACGGUGAUGACGGUGACGGCGGCGUCGUUUGAGCAAAAGGAGGACAAGGACGAAUCGAGAGGGGCCAAGGUGCCGAGGAAAGGAAUGUCCAAGGAGGAACGCAAGCGCGCGGCGGCGAUGCUUCGAAGACAAGAGGCUGAAGCGCUCGGUUGGUCCGGAUUCGACGACGAAAUCGACAAGAAGAAACUCAUCGUCGUCCUGAGACACAUGUUCAAGCUUGAGGAAAUGUACGCCGACGCCGGAUUACGAAAGGAACUCGAGGAAGACGUCAUGGAAGAGGCGCGACGAACGUGCGGACCGGUGGAGAGCGUGAAGACAUAUACGACUUCCAAGGAUGGCACGAUGACGAUUUGUUUCAAGUCGAUAGAAGCCGCCGACGCGUGCGUCACCGCGUGGAACGGGAGGUGGUUUGAUGGACGCCAAAUAGCGGCGUCCAUCUGGGACGGCAAGAGUAAAUUUGUCUCGGAAGAGAGCGAGGCGGCGCAGAAGGAGCGCCUAGAUAACUUCGUCCGUGAAUUAGGCGGUGGCGACGAGGACGAAGAUAGCGAAGACGAAGAUAGCGAGGAAGAAGACGAGGAAGAAGAGGAAGAGGAAGAAUAA